AUGAAUAGUAUUUUUUAUAGCAAGCCUAAACUGCUGGAAACACACUUUGCUGGGAGGGCUAGGGCAGCUACUAUUCACGCCGAGUGCAUUGGCCAAGUACAAAAGGUUCUGUUUUACACAUCAUUACCUCUAAUAGUUGUGGGUGUGUCUGCUUACUUGGGCUCUGCGCUGACAUUCAUCAAUGAGUUGUUGCCCCAAACAAAUCCUGAACAGUUGCCCCCACCAGAAUCUGAGCAGUUGCCGCCACCACUAGAACCUGAGAAGUUACCGCCUCCAGCACCAGCAGCUGAGCAGUUGCGGCCACCAGCAUCUAAGAAGUUGCCACCAAAAGAAGUUGACAAGCAGAUUACUCCAGAAUCAAAUGGCACUAGUUGGGCCAAAUUUUUUAAAAGUGAGUGGUUCUUUGGUGUGAUAUCAAUGAUCUUCUUCCCUGGAGCUGCACUUCUGGCAAUUGGUUAUAUAAAUCCUUGGUCGAAUAAGUUUGGCAUAGGAGCCAUAUGCACAGUGGUAUCAACAAUUAUCUUCUUGUGUGGUUUAUGUUCAUUCCCACGUGGACGUGGAGCUGGACAAAAACCGAUCAGUCUCACCAAAAUGUUUAGGAAACAAGAUGCCAAACGCAUCCUACGCCUGAUGCCUACAUGCAUGAACUGUAUCCUGACAGGGUAUCUGAAAGCGUAUUUGGCGAACCCAAUAAAAUGGUGUGCUGCGUAUCCCAGAUUUGGAAUUGCUGUGUCAAAGAUAAUUGCAACUCUGUGUUGUAUCACAGCUGCAAAAGUGGAGACCCAAAGAUUAGGCGUGGUGAGGAGGGAGGGUUUGAUCGUGGACAACGACGACAAGGACACGAAAACAAUUCCCAUGACCAUGUUUUGGUUGGUUCCACAGUAUCUUCUUCUCGGAUUAGCUGAAGAGCUUUCAGAGAAGAGCAUUGUUUGUUUCUUCACUGAUAAGCUGGAAAUUAAAACACUGGAGAAAGACAAGGCAACAAAAGAAUCCAAGAAUAUGUACAUGAAAAUAUUUGCUCAAGCGGUUAGUGAAGUGGGAAUUAUAUGUGGUGUGUCGUCAGUUUAUGCAGUGGGUGAGGUAAGUGCAAGGGUGGGAGGAUCCAGUUGGUUCCAGUUCACGUUAAACAGGAGUCGUUUGGACAAUUACUAUUGGACCUUGGCUGCAUUGACUGCAAUUAAUCUCGUACUGGAUCUUUUGGUGAGAUGUGUAUGUUGGAAUGUAAGUGGUGAGCUGAUAAGAAUGUAA